UAGUGUUGUGAAUACCUUGGUUAAGUCUGAUCUAGAGCAAUCAUGUGAGCAUGCACGCGACCGAUUUCAGGUUCUUUGGUGUGUUCACGGUGUAAUCGGUUGCAGUUGCUGAUGAAUUUAUCUUGAUUCUUGCGCGAAAAAUAUCAAAAUUCGCAUAAAAUUACAGCUCAUUGACGGUAGAAUUAAUUCGAAAAGCUACCUACCGAAAGAGGGGACACUAUUAUGGGAAAAAGGCAGCGCAGUGACUACCGAGUGGAUGGUGGAGCCUCCUCGACGGAAUCAAACGAUGAAACGUUACUCUCGACUAAGAUAAACGGCGGAGAAGUUUGUACACAUGUACAAAAAUCCAUCGACCUGAACACGAUACGGAAACAAAUCAAAACCAAUGACGGCUGGUAUAAAAAGGUUUGUGGGAAGUGUGCGGAUGAACCAGCGACGCAUAUCCACGACUCAUCGAAAGAGUUCAGUGAUGCUAGUUGCGACAAAACAUUAUGGCUUUGUCUCAAAUGUGGAACUCAGUUGUGUGGUCGGAAGAAAAAUCAGCAUGCUCUCCAACACUACGCAACGCCUCGGUCUGAUAUGCAUGCGCUUGCAAUGAAUACAACCACGAUGGAUGUGUGGUGUUACACCUGUAAUGUUCCAGUUGAUCCGUACGCUAAACCGAAGCUUCUCGAACUUGUUGAGCUCAUUAAACGCGAAGUAACGAAGGUACGAUUUUCCGAUGCUGUACAACCCAGCGUUGCAGAAAUGGACACUCAACUACGCGAUACGGCGGAGUCGGUUAGAAACAUGGUCUUAGAUAUACGUCAAUCAAAUACAAACAAUUCAUUCGAUGAGCCGGAUGCUGCCAAAUUCGACUCCAACAAUCAAACAUACGUUCAAAAUUCGGCAAGCGGUUACAGUGGAGCUGGGUCCGGUCAGACCAAUCCUGCUUCAUCCGUGAUACGGCAUUCGAUGCCGGUGAGGAACAUUGUCGACAUACUGCCCCGUGUGCGUGGAUUGUCCAAUCUGGGCAACACUUGUUUUUUCAACGCCGUCUUGCAGUGUUUGGCUCGUACGCCUUAUCUGCUUCAUAUCUUAAAGCAGUCGGCGACCGAAGGCGAAAAGGUGCACAUACCAGGUGGCAUGAUGAAGUUGCCGGACGGUUCCGAGAUGGCAGUGCCACCUAUAGAUGGUGAAUUGUUCAGUUGGCGGAGUCUUACGGAAGCGCUUACCGAGUUGUUAAGCGAGUUGAAUGCUAAUGCGCAAGAACCACUAUCACCGAACCGAUUGCUGCAGGAACUAACUAGUAAAUGGCCUCAGUUCGAUGGGGGUGAUCAGCACGAUUCUCACGAGUUACUGCGACAUCUUUUGGAAAGCGUCCGCACGGAUGACUUACGUCGCUAUCAGUCUGUAAUACUACAAAACCUUGGUUUGGAAACACGUCAGCAGCACCAAAACGUAGACAAAACACAGAAAGCAUUGGCAAAGUUCUAUAACGAACAGAUUUCCCAGUGGGUGUUUCGUCCGGAGCAGGUAUUCAGAGGAUCGCUCGUCUCUACCUUAACCUGCCAGGAUUGUCAUCAUACCUCGUCACAACAUGAAUACUUCCUUGAUAUCUCAUUGCCGGUAUGUGUGGAGAAGCCUCAGCCACCGAUCAGACGUCGAAGUAGUCCCGAGCCAGAUAGCAAAAGCUCAGGCGCAUUGACGCCAUUGACAAAUACCAAAGGGGGUCCGGCUGCAACUACCGGUGGAGCGGCAUUGUCGAAGUCUGCUAGCAAAAAAGAACGGGAAUCUAAUAAAAAAGCAAAACGAAUUGCAAAGCAUCAGAAAAAUAGGAUUAACCUCUCCUCGGUCGGAAUGCCGAUAUCAGCUGGCGGAGAUAAUGUAAGCAAAGUUGAUGAAAGCGAAAAGAUGGCACAUAUGGUACCGCUAACGGAUGAUCACACAUUCCAACCAGUUUGUACUAAAGUGAACGAUGACGAAUCGUCUGAUGAAUCGAACGAACCGUCAGACGCCGAUGUAGAAGACAAUGACGUAACAGAUGAUCCGCUAUCGAAGAAUGGUUCUGUGUCAACUGUUGACCAAAACGGAAACCAGUUGCGUUCGUUGCCUGAAAAAUUGGACGACACGCCAGAAAACCUCAACAAGGAAUCAGAUGGACGUAAUGUCGUGUGUGCAGUUGGCAUAAGCGUACAGCGUGCAGCACACAUGGCGCGGCAGCUUUCGGCUGGAAAUGCUGGUAGCAGUGAAACAGACGAAGACACCGCCAAGCGAAGAGAAGAACCGCGUAUGGGAAGUGGUGGACGAGAGGGAGGUGAUGAUGGGUGCACGAGUGAGCCAAAGCGCGGACGUACACGAACGUUUAGCCAUGCGGAUUGGAGUAACACGAUCGCACCGCGCUAUCAAUGUGAGGACGGCGAAUACUCGAUACAGUCGUGCUUUAAUAAUUUUACCGCUGUCGAACUGAUGACUGGCAACAACAAGGUAUGUUGUGAGGCUUGCACGGAACGCAUCAACGGAAAGGGUGGUAAAUCGGUAAACACAAAUGCGACGAAGCAAUUCCUCAUUUCGCAACCACCCGCCGUGCUGAUAUUGCAUUUAAAGCGCUUCCAAGUAGGUCUGCGAAGUGUGUUUAAAAAACUAAACAAGUUGGUCUCGUUUCCGUUCGUCCUCGACAUUGCGCCGUUUUGUGGCUCGAAAGUGAAGCGUGCGUCACACAUUCGACCCGGUCAGAAAAGAAUCCUGUACGCAUUGUACGGGUUGGUGGAGCACUCAGGUUCAAUGCACGGUGGACAUUAUGUUGCGUAUGUGAAGGUACGUCCUACAUUUGGUCCAGAGGAUGAGCGGUGGAAGUUCAUCCCGCAGGGCACAAAGGAUGAAUUGGAUCGAAAAUCGGAACAGGAAAUGGCCAAAGAGCAGGCGCUGCGCAUGGGAGUACACGUGCGGGAUAGUGACGAUUCGAUCAGCUCAUCGCAUACAACCAGCGAUAACGACGACAGCGGUCAAAAGCAACCACGGAUGCAGCAUAAACAGGACGUGCUGGAAGGUGAGGUUGGUUAUACCGCAAAGCCAACCGAACCGCUGCCAGACGUAGAACCGCCACACGGCAAAUGGUAUUGUGUGUCGGAUAGCUAUGUUCGAGAGGUAACGGAAGAAAGCGUACUGAAAGUGCAAGCGUAUUUACUGUUUUAUGAGCGCAUAUUCUAAUUUGAUUUUCUAUUCUUCUGGCAUUUGAUUAUCCGUACAGCACUUUUUUUAUUAUAAUUUUCCUAAUAUUUAUUGCUCUCAGGAUCCUUCAUUUAUAUCUUGAGCAUUCGUGUUAAACAUGCGGCGCUCAAGGCCUUUAAAUGCAGCCCCCAAACGAACAGUGAGAACAUCGAUCUUCGUGUAAAUAAGUUAGUUAAACAAUUAAGAAAUUCUUAUACGAUUCGCUACUCGGUUGCAUACAAUUUUUUGCACGUAUAAAUAAAUUGUAUUUAAUUUCUUAUUGUUCACACUGCACUCACUGUACGGUCUUAUGACCUGAAACAAAUUUUUGCUAUGCAUCCCGUGAAAAAGUUACAGUCUUAUCUGCGUAAAUUGUCAAUUGAUGUAAUUCUCUGAGAAUUAUUUUUUUAAGAAUGUAAAGUUAUUUCAUUACAACAUCCCAAAUAAUGCGUGAGUUAUUAUACAAUAUAGCGGAUCCGAGCACUGUUGAAUUAAUUAAAAGAUGUUAAUACUGCUUUUUUCGACCAUACAGUCCCUAACACAAUUAUACGACCAGCUAUGUUUUUUUAAGAUAAAACAAAGACUCGAAGAGAUAGUUAAAAAUGAUGUUCUAGUAUGUUGUAAAACAAAUUAAACACACUAUAAAAAAAAAAAAAUCACAACAACCAAAAUUACUCCUUGUAACAUUACUCUUCGAAACAUCCACGAUUUUUUUUCGCAAUUAUAGUGGUUUUAAAAUUCAAACAAAAAUACAAGUAGUUCAAAGCGAUCUGUUUAAAGCAGAUAUUAUUGAUGCAUAUUCAUUAAACGUGUUUAGCUCGGGAUACAUUUUUUUUCUUUCAUCAUUUUUAUUCUUAGCAUGUUUGAAACUUCGUGUAUUUAUUUCAUUUUUUACAACCUUUUUUCAUUAAAAUAGCCUUUUGGAAUAUGUAUUUGUAUUUACAAUGUGACACCAAUGAAUUGUCCCGCGAUAUAAUUUCUAAAACCAUCUUUUGCAUUAUACUUUUAUUGGAAAAGUAAUGCCUUAUUUUUAAGCUAUGUUUCUGAUUGUAACUUCCCAUGAAAAGCGAUGUAUGUCGGAUAUUUUUUACCGGAUUGUAAAUAGGAUUUUUAACAGCCUUAUGCCAUAAAAAAUGGAUUGAACAGAUUAGUUUUCAGAAAUUCUAAAAAUUUAAAUACGAAAACGAUUGCAGUUUGGAUCAUUUCACUAGGAUCUUUGUGUAAAUAACAGUAGUUCAGUGCGAUGGAAAAUCCUCUUCGAUGAACUCUCCUAUAUUUUGACAAGAGGAGAACGAAAUGGUCUCAAAACCUUUACGUUUGAUGAACUCGGUAGUGUUACGAGCUUGUUUAUAGCCUCUUCGGUCACGGUCUCUCUCACGUGAUGGGCAUAAGCGAUUUAACGUUUCACAAUUCUUCAUAUUGUAGAGAGGCAGGUCGACUCUUUAAAUCUUUUCUACGUGUAUUAUUUUUAUUUUAAUAAAUUUAGACAUUUUGAUUUGUUAAUUAAAACUGCCAUACCUUCUGCUGCAUAACGUUACGAUUUACUCAUACUAAAUUUGUGUUUGUAGUUACAAUUUUGGAAAAUGUAUGGUCUCACAGAUCAAUUUUUCAUUCUUUAUUUCUUUUCGCAUUCACAGUACUUGCAUAGUUUAUGGUAAAUACAAAUUCCAUUAGAAAUGCAAUAUAUGUAUUUCGCAAGGAUAAGUGGCAAUAAAUCAAUGUUUAUGCAAAGAUGAAUUUAUCGCUACAUCAUUAUUGAUAAAACAAUCGUGUUUCAACUAAUUAAAAUUUCUAUUGAAGAACUAAGGCAAUUAUGACGAAAAAUAUUCAUGCUGCCCUUAGUUUAAUUUGCUAAAACACUUCUUUAUAUCUUAGUUCAUUGAAAUAAUUGGUAACAAUACGGCCAAUAUUGGCCGUAUGUAGCAAUAUUGGUGGUUUAACUUAUUUUUAUUAUGAUUGUCUUAAUUCAGCUGUAGGCCUGGCCUGCAUAUUUUUAGAAGGAAAUGGCUGGCCUAGUCCGUCGAAGGUUUUAGUAGAGUUAAAUAAAGGGAUAAUUUUACUGUAAAUGCA